CCCUUCUUCCCCUACUCCCACCCGCCGCCGCCGCCGCCACCACAGCUGCGCCGCUUCAAGGCAGGACAUUGUGAAAGUUUCCCAAGUCUGAAAAGAUGGUUCUGAAGACUGAACUUUGCCGUUUCAGUGGGCAGAAGAUAUACCCAGGCAAGGGUAUCAGAUUCAUUCGUGCUGAUUCCCAGGUUUUUCUUUUUGCCAACUCGAAAUGCAAGCGUUACUUCCACAACCGCCUGAAGCCUGCAAAGCUUACCUGGACAGCAAUGUACAGGAAGCAGCACAAGAAGGACAUUCAUGCUGAAGCUGUCAAGAAGAGGCGCCGCACCACCAAGAAGCCAUACUCACGGUCAAUUGUUGGCGCUACACUGGAAGUUAUCCAAAAGAAGAGAAGUGAGAAGCCUGAAGUCCGCGAUGCAGCCAGAGAAGCGGCUCUUCGCGAGAUCAAGGAGCGCAUAAAGAAAACCAAGGAUGAGAAAAAGGCAAAGAAGGCAGAGGUGGCAAAAUCUCAGAAGUCACAGGCGAAGGGUGGUGCUGCCCAGAGGGGUUCUAAAGGUCCUAAGAUCGGCGGCGGUGGUGGAAAGCGCUGAACGUUCCUUGCCCCAUAGGGAGAGUUCUUCCUUUAGCUUUCUCACCGGUCCUAUCGUAGAAACAGUCCCUUGGUCAAGUUAUUAGCCUGCCGUAUUGAUUUCUCCUAUUCUGUGAGAUGACUUGUUUGAAAUGCUUCGAGUAUUUUGUUAGUCAAUUUACAAUGGCACUUAUGUUUGGCUAUUAUAAAAUUAUCAAGUUUUCUGGCUUGACAA